UAGCGACGUAGCAAGACCCACGGUCGCCGACUGCCUAGUUUGAGUUAGAGACAGCCACCGCGCUAACACCGCAACCAUGGCGCGCGGUCCCAAGCACCACCUCAAGCGCGUGAACGCGCCGAAGCACUGGAUGCUCGGCAAGAUGGACGGCGCCUUCGCGCCGCGGCCGUCGACGGGCCCGCACAAGCUCCGCGAGUGCCUGCCCCUCAUUUUAAUCUUGAGGAACCGCCUGAAGUACGCCAUCACGGGCAUGGAGGCGAAGCAGAUCUGCAUGUCGAAACAUGUGAAGGUCGACGGGAAGAUCCGCACGGACCCGUGCUUCCCGGCGGGGUUCAUGGACGUCGUCGAGAUGGAGGCGUCGUCGGACAAGUUCCGGUUGCUCUACGACACGAAGGGCCGCUUCCGCUUACAUAGGAUCUCGGACACGGAGAAGGCGUACAAGCUGUGCCGCGUGCAAGCUGUGUACAUCACCGCCAAAAAGAUCCCGGUGCUCACGACGCACGACGGCCGCACGAUCCGCUACCCGCCGCCGGCGGUCAAGGUCCACGACGUGGUCAAGGUCGACCUGGAGUCGGGCAAGAUCGUCGACUCGAUCAAGUUCGACGUGGGCAUGACGUGCAUGAUCACGAAGGGCCGCAAUACCGGGAGAGUGGGUACGAUCGUGAGCGUCGAGAAGCACCCGGGUAGCUUCGACAUCGUCGCGGUCCGGGACGCGUCGAACCACCAGUUCGCGACGCGGCUCUCGAACAUCUUCAUCGUCGGCAAGGAUGACGACCUCCAGGUGUCGCUGCCGAAGGGCAAGGGCGUCAAGCUGAGCAUCCUCGAGGAGCGGAAGAAGCGGUUCAAGGACAAGUACUGA